CCUGCAUUUUCCUUGUAAGGAAGGAGGUACAGCUUCAAAACAUUCAGAGACAGAGAUGGACUGGGCAAACCCCUGCCUUCAGACUGGCAGUGUUCUCCAGGAGACAGCCCUGACUGCUACCAAGCCCUGAGUCACAGAGGAGGUAUCAGCUGGCCACUCCAGUAACAACAGCAGCUGUAGCAGCAAUAACAGACCUUUCCUUUUCAGUUGUCUGAGGCAGAGAGAUACCUAACAGAGCUCAGAGACCCGAGACUGAGAUCCAGCCCCUUCUCAGCUGCGUCACUCUAGUGUGUUCUCACCGACGCUGCCUCUCAGUCAGUCACACUGCCUCCUGGAGGUGUCCAGCAGGUGAAAAGCCCCAAAUCCUGGCCAGAAUUUAAGUCUAUCUCAAAUAUGGAAGGAUUUAACUGGGAGAAUUACAGCUUUGAAGAUCUCUUCGGUGACGAUUUUGAUAAUUACACCUAUGAAACUGAAUUGCCCGUUAUUCUACCAGAUGCUACUCCAUGCCGGCCAGAAUCUAUGGAAUUCAAUAAAUAUGCAGUAGUUGCCAUCUAUUCCCUGGUCUUCUUGCUGAGCCUGCUGGGAAACUCCCUGGUGAUGCUGGUCGUCUUAUACAGCCGGGUCAGCCGUUCUGUCACCGAUGUCUACCUGUUGAACCUGGCCAUAGCCGACCUGCUCUUUGCCCUGACCCUGCCUAUCUGGGCUGCCUCUAAGGCGAAGGGCUGGACCUUCGGCACACUCCUGUGCAAGGUGGUUUCACUCCUGAAGGAAAUCAACUUCUACAGCAGCAUCCUGCUGCUGGCCUGCAUCAGCAUAGACCGCUACCUGGCCAUUGUCCAUGCCACACGCACAUUGACCCAGAAGCGACACUGGGUCAAGUUCAUAUGCUUAGGCAUCUGGGUCCUGUCCCUGAUCCUGUCCCUGCCAAUCUUACUCUUCCGCAAGGCCAUCUACCCACCCUAUUCCAGCCCAGUCUGCUAUGAGGACAUGGGUGCCAAUACAACAAAAUGGCGGAUGGUGAUGCGGGUCCUGCCCCAGACCUUCGGCUUCCUCCUGCCACUGCUGGUCAUGCUCUUCUGCUAUGGACUCACCCUGCGCACGCUGUUUGAGGCCCACAUGGGGCAGAAGCACCGGGCCAUGCGGGUCAUCUUUGCUGUUGUGCUCGUCUUCCUGCUCUGCUGGCUGCCCUACAACCUGGUCCUGGUCGCAGACACCCUCAUGAGGAUCCGGGUGAUCAAGGAGACCUGCGAGCGCCGCAAUGACAUUGGCCGGGCCCUGGACGCCACCGAGAUUCUGGGGUUCUUCCACAGCUGCCUCAACCCCCUCAUUUAUGCCUUCAUUGGCCAGAAGUUUCGCCAUGGACUCCUUAAGAUCAUGGCCAUCCAUGGCCUGGUCAGCAAGGAGUACUUGGCCAAGGACAGCAGGCCUUCCUUUAUUGGCUCUUCUUCAGGGAACACUUCUACUACAAUCUGAGCCCCCACCCCUGUUGCAGCCUCUCAGGGCUCCUCCUGUCCCCCCAGCAUCCCAUUCCAAGCCUUACAUCCACUGGUUGCUCCCAGUCUGUGUCAAGGCCACGCCUCAUUGGGGUUACAGGAAUUGCUGGGGCCACAUCCUUCCUAGGUCCCCACUGUGGGGUUUGGGAAGCCUGCCCUGACGUCCUACCCCUUACCGUAAUUGCUAUGUCAACUGCUGGCGCUCUGUCCAUCCUACCACUGAGCCCAUAGCACUCAGUUUCCUGGACAUCUGAAAGGCAUCCUUGGAAGUGACUGCAGAAAGCUCUCACCACUGGGAGCCGUCAGUGGCACACGUUCAUCGGUUCUGCAACUCUCCCUUUCCUUGCUUGCCAGCAAAGUCCACCUCCCUAGAGAGAGACUGAAGGUGACAGACACUUUCUAAGACUUGCUGAAGCUAGGAGUGGGCGCAUCAUCCACUUCUGACUAAUAAGACUUAAGGGCAAUAGUGUGCUGGUAUGCCACUCUCCGGGGAGAAGAGCCCUGAUUUGUAACGUUUACCAAGUGCCCUGGUGUAAACACUCCCUCUAUGAUUUCAAGGGUGGCAGUGUUUAGCAACCAGCUCACAAAUUCUAGAAAAUGUACUAAUCUGCUUUCACAAGCAAGUACAAGGUGGCUUUAGCAUACCAUUGCUUAAGAGGAAGUCUGCUAGGGCCAGGGGACUCCUGGGAAAUAUUCCUGAUUAAAAAAGAGAGAGAUACACAUACAUCCUUUCUUCUUGCCUUUGAAUAUGGUCAUAGGACAUGAUGUGUGGAGCUGAGGCAGACACUUUGUGACAAUGAGGCAAAAAGUAUGCCCAACACACUUAGGCUGAUGGAGCCAAAGGAUAAGAAGAACCUGAGCAUAAAGAGCCCAGAAAUAAACCUAAGCGUAAAUGGUCAAAUGACUUUCAACAAAGGUGCAGACUAUUCAAUGGGGAAAGGAAAGUCCUUCAACAAAUGGUGCUGGGAAAACUAGUUAUCUACAUGCCCAAGAAGGGAAUUGGUCCUUCCCUUAUACAUAUACAAAAGUUAACUCAAAAUGGAUCAAAGACCUAAACUUAGGAGCUAAAACCAUACAGCUCUUAGAAGAAAACAGACAAAAAGCUUCAUGAUAUUGGAUUUGGCCAUAAUUUCUUACAUGUGAUCUAGAAGCAGAGGCAAGAAAAGAAAAAAAUAGAUGAACUGGACUUCAUUAAUGUUAAAUACUUUUGUACAUCAAUGGACACUAUCAGCAGAGAGAAGAGGCGAACCACAGAAUAGGAGAAAAUAUUUGCAAAUCAUAUAUCUUAUAAGGGGUUAAUAUCUGGAAUAUAAAAAAAAUUCCUACAACUCAACAGAAAAAAAAAAAAGAUACACAUACAUCCUUUCUUCUUGACUUUGAAUAUGGUCAUAGAACGUGAUGUGUGGAGCUGAGGCAGACACUUUGUGACAAUGAGGCAAAAAGUGUGCCCAACACACUUAGGCUGAUGGAGCCAAAGGAUAAGAAGAACCUGAGAAUAAAAAGCCCAGAAAUAAACCUAAACGUAAAUGGUCAAAUGACUUUCAACAAAGGUGCAGACUAUUCAAUGGGGAAAGGAUAGUCCUAAUUCAAAAGUGGGCAAAAGAUCUGGAGAAGAGACCUUUCUCUACAGGACAUCCCAUCACUCUUAAUUUGGGAAAUGCAAAUCAAAACCAAAAUAAAGAACCACUUCAUACCCAUUAGGGUGACUUAUCAAAGUUAAAAAAAGCAGAAAAUAACAAGUGUUUGUGAUGAUAUUGAAGAAUUGGAACCUUUGUGCAAUACCAGUGAGAAUGUAAGAUAGUACACCACUGCAGAAAAUAGUAUGACAGAUCCUCAAAAAGUUAAGUAUGGAAUUACCAUGUGAUCCAGCAAUUCUGCUCCCAGGUGUAUACCCAAAAGAACUGAAAGCAGAGACCCAAACAGAUAUUUGUACACUAAUGUUCAUAGCAGCAUUAUUUACAAUAGUCAAACAUGGAAAUGAUCCAAAUGUCCACCAAGGGAUGAUGGAUAUACAAAAUGUGGUAUAUAUGUAUAAUGUAGUAUUAUUCAAUCUUCAAAAGGAAUGAAAUUCUGACACAUGCUAUAACAUGAAUGAACCUCGAAACCAUUAUGCUAAGUGAAAUAAGCCAGCCACAAAUAUUGUAUGAUUCUGCUUAUAUGAGGUGCUUAGAAUAGUCAAAUUCCUAGAGACAGAAAGGGAAAUGGUGGUUACCAGAAGUUGCAGGUAGGGGAAAAUCGGGAGUUAUUUUUUAAUGAGUACAGAAGUCAGGGAUGAUGAAAAGGUUCCAGACAUGGGUAGUUGCUAUAGAUGUACAACAGUGUGAAUAUACUUAAUGCCACUGAAACUGUACACUUAAAAAUGACUAAAAUGGUAACUUUUAUACUAUGUAUAUUGUACCACAAUUAGAAAGAAAAAACCUAGCUCCUAAAAGACAAACUUUAACCAUUGAACCAAUCCUCAAACUACCUGCCUAUAAUUUUUUGUUAAAUGAGAUAAUUAAAUGUCUUUUUUUGCAUAAAUCACUUUUAGUUGGGUAUUUCAUUACUUGCAACAGAAAACAUCCAAACUGCUACAGAAAAGCUAGUCAGGGAUGAGCAGAAGGCCUGAAUUGGGGUCUUUACGAUAAAUAAAUCCCUUUGCUGUUUAUUGGAUACACAGAAAGACGGAUUGAGAAGAGGCUAUGCUUUCUACCUCCUUCAUGCCCAGCCCAAGCCUCCCACUGCUGAACAUGUAUUAUGGAAGAAAAUGUGUCCCGGGGUCAUCUCAUGCUUCUAGUGUUCUUGGUGUCAAAGGUGUGACUUGGAAGGAUCAAGUAUGUCCACCAGAUCAGCUGGGGAGCGUAACAGGAAGUCAGUUCUCCUGAGCUCAACCAGCAACUCCCAUUGUGAGUCUUCCUUCACUCCCUCCUCUCUCCCACCCAAAACACACCCACACCCACACACGCUCACAUACAUGCAUCAUCAGGGUUUGAUGAAAGGGCACUCCUACAGAAUGGGGAAGUGAUUUUGAAUAUGUCACAGGUUUGACUCAUUCAUCCCGCAGUAUUCAUUGAGUGCCUUUGAGAUGUAGCAGCAAUCAACCCAACAGAGCCUGACCCUGGCAGAGCUCUUGUUCAUCGGCUUGUUUCCGAAGGGGCUCUGACAGGAGGGGCCCUGGUUCUGAGCAGCCCACUGAGGAAGUAAAAGAAGAAAGAGGAACUGAACUUCACAGUCACCAAACGUUUACCAGGUUCCAAUCCCCUUCCUGUUAACAACUAUCUGACCACUGAGUCAAGGAGAGUGGCUAUGAAAAGAGGGCUCUCCAGAUAGGCAGGAGCAAGCCUCAGAGCUCCAGCGCUCAGGGGCAGGUAACCAUUACUCAUCUUAUGAAAGCACUUGGCCUUCUGCAGUCAAUGAACAGCACCCCCUUUUUCUGAGCUCAUUCUGUGCCAGGCACUGUGCUGAAUUCAAGACCAAGCAUGACUUAGCUGCUCUGGCCAAGCCUUCAGAACAGUUUCUGAUUUAGCAGGAGGGAAAAGCAGGGGAAUGAGUGUUUACGCGAGGGAACACCUGUGUUGCCAGAGGAACCAGGGUUGUUUGGACUGGGCAAGGCUGACAGGCCAGAUGGCUCCCUGCAAUGGCUGUCAGUGGGAGGAGGCCAAGUGGAGUUCCACUCUAGCUCAGGGACUCUGCUCUUUCCUCCUCGAGCAAGGGCUAGAAGAAACUUGUUUCUCUGAGUAAAGUAAGAGGAUAAAAUAAGCCCAGAAGCAAAGAGGCAGAGACUGAAUUGCACUUAGGUAAACUCUGUUAAUAUUUAUCCCUGCCUCUUCUCUCUGUUUCUGUCUUCCCCCACCCCUCCUCUCAUAAAGUCAAUCUUGGCACAAAUAAGCUACCAACCAAGCCAUCACUAGGACAGGGCAAAGCCGGGGCCUGCCUUUCAGUUGUUUUCUUUCUUCUCUCCCUUGUUUCCAGGUCUGUGUCCCAGGGCAGAGCACCUUUUUGCCUAGAUCUGCCUGCUGAGUCUGAGCUGGCCCCUCUUGCUUCCAGAGACAUACUCCGCCACUUACACUAACACCAUCUCUUUUUUUUCUCCCCAAGUUUGGGAUGUCUCCUUCCACCAGAGCCCCUCCCCAGUCUCUGCAGGAUGGGCUUUGUUCAUUAAAUCAAGACAGCCUGGGUGAUACGAAGAAGUAGCCCCCAUUUGCACAUCACACAGAAACUCAUCGCAUGGAGAACCACACUGCCAUGCAAUGGCAGAGCCAGAACAGACCUAGAGAUCCCCUGAGUCAACCCUUCCAGUACAUGAAUGAGGAAACUGAGGCCCCAGCAAAGCAACUUGACCAAGAUAUCAUGGCUGUAUAAUAGCAGAGCUGGAACACAAAUCCCUAGUUUAGUUUGUUUUUUUCAGAUGUUUUUUCUUUUCUAAUGGUGACAUUGCAGGCACCUUACAAACACAAGGAAAAAUAUAUUUACGAACUUCUCAGAGCAUUCCUCUCACACAGGUAGGGCCACUCUACUUCUUCAGUGCCUAGACUCCCCCGUGCCUGGCGCUGGGCAUCUCAGUCAUCUGAUAGAGGUGGGGUUCACUGAGGCUCUGGGGCAUAGGUGUGGGAGCAGGUGGGGCUACCUGGUUCUGUGCUAGCAGGCAGGACAGUUAUAGAGACAAUCAGAGCCCAACAAGGAGUUCAAAGACAGACAAAACCAAACCCACUAUCGAGAACAUAUGCUCUAUCACCCAAGGUUCAAUUAGAGAAGCAGGACCACUCAGAGGAGGACUUUGUCCCAGGGAUUUGACUGUAUAACUUGCAGGAGCUGGUAAAACAGUCUAGGUCAGGCUGUUGUCCUUGCUUCUGGUGCUGGGACCUGAAAGUGGCAGGACAGACAGCCAAGAAGGAAAGAAUAAUGAGGACAAGCUGGAAUCUGGGAGGACAAAUUGCAACCUGCGCUGGUCUCUCACAGCCUCCAAGUACAGUAAGUGGAUGACCUGUUGGAGAAACUGACCCCCUGCAUCACAAAGGUGAGCCCUUGCGUGGCUCAGGAGCAGAAGGGACUGCACACCCAGCUGCUGCCCAUGGCAACGAGAGGUACCAGCUGAUCAUGGACAGCAUGUAACCGCAUCAGGGGCUUUGCACUGACCUUCUAGAGCAUAAAAACAUGCAACUUCUGCUCCACUGCUGACUUGCAAAGCUCACACGAAAAUCUCUUCUAGCUGAUGCUACCCUGAACUAUUCAAGGGAGGGAACUGGGGGAAGCAUAGUGCCAGCUUAACUAAAUUGACUCCGUGCAAAUCUUUCACACAAACACAAGGUUCAGACUCUAAGAAAAGGAACGGUUACCACCAAAGUUUGGGUAAUGUU